UCAUUGGCUUCCAGUCAAAUUUAGGAUUCAGUUUAAGAUUUUAUUAUUUACUUUUAAGGGAUUACAUGGCAUGGCUCCUCCCUGUAUUACGGAUCUCCUUCAGCAUCACACGCCUUCUAGACUACUAAGGUCUUCGCAGAGUUUACUUUUAACGAUCCCCAAGUCCCGUCUUAAGUCAAAGGGAGAUCGGGCGUUUUCAGUGGCGGCUCCUCGGCUUUGGAAUAGCCUUCCACUACAUAUCAGACGUCUUUGGUCCAUGUUGCCUUCAUAUAUCAAUCGAACCGCACCAGAGUUCGUUUGGAAGCGGACCGAGACACACUAUUCAGAGUAUUCCAAGAGAGUGUACCAAGGUGUGAGAGUCAAGCAUACUGUCAAAGACCUUCUUGCAGAAAAGCGAUUAAGACAAACAAAUACACCCAGAUUUAGUCCAAGCACCAGUUCUUCUCAGCCAGCUUUUGUAACAAUGCCAGGGUCUCAUAUGCUUCCUGGUUACUACAGUAUGAGAAGAUCCUUCCUCCCAGACUCAGAGCUCUGCCAUCCCAUGAAGCAGUACCCUGCAGACACUUACUCUUCAGCGCUGGGAAGCAAGGCCUUCUCGUACGACUAUCCCUCCAGUUACCCUGCUUUCAUUGACAGCUACUACACUCCUGAUUCUUAUGGAGAUUACAGAGUGCCAACUUCAUAUGCCACAAGUGGAGGGUCGCUGUUUCCACCAUCUACACUACCAGCACUACUGCCUUCUCUGUCUGGAGAGUCAUCGUCCCACUUGCUCUUGAGAGACCCAUGGGAUCAGCCAUCUGAGGACCCAGCCAGUCAGCCAGAAGUCAUAUGUCCUGAGGGUCCAGCCCCCGUGGCAGACUCAACAUCCCUGGGAGGGCCCAACUCUGGUGGUUCCUCUCCUUACCGUCUAUCCUCAGGGCGCAGUGGGAGCUCCAUAUCAUCCAGCUCUCAGCCUUACACUCUACAGCCUCUGGAAGAUGUUCCUUUCCCAGCAGCCUCCUACACCUCGGCCCCCAGCUAUACCUGCCCGCCGUACAUGACAACACCUGCAGAUCUGGCUGUGGUGAAGAUAACACCUGUCACCUCAGAAGAAGCUAGUGGUGGAGUGGUGUCUCUCAGUGACACUACAUCCUGGGCUAAAGAUGACGGAACUGGUUCCUGGUUGUCUUAUGAGACCAGGAGGGCUUUUUAAGAGGCUUAAAUGUCAAGAUAGAAGCUUUUAAGAUACAUUACAUGGACUGUGGACUGUUCGGACAGUUGUGAUUACACAGCCUCUCUGUCCUUACAUAGAAGGAGAUUAUAGUCAUGAAUAAUACUGUUGUGUUUGUGUGUGCGUGCGUGCGUGUGUGUGUGAAUACACAUGGUAAAUUUGACCUCCACAAGAAGUCAUAAAACAAGUUCAUAUUCCAUAAUGAUUCAACAAGUUAAUUCUGCCUUUAUUUUGCCUAUUAAAUGUCCUGGCAAUUUAGAAUGAAUUGGAAGCAAUGCUCUUUUUAAUUUCCGAUAACUUGUACGAAACCAUCUUAUAUCUUGACUGGGCACAAAUAAAACUCACUAAUAGCACCACAGAACACUUACAGAAGGUGAGGAUCGUAAAUCGAUUGAAGAUGAUGCCAUGCAAGUUGCAUUUUUUUAAACCAACAAGCAUGUUACAGUGUAGUCUUUUGUCAGGAAUACUAAUAUAAAAAAAUAAACUUUGUUUGCUUGAAUACAGUGUGUCAUCUUUAUAUAAUAUAAUAGAAAUUAAGUGUUCAUUUAGUAUCUUUAAAGAAAUAUUCCGGAUUCAAACAGCAUUUGUGGCAUAAUG